AUGGCGCAGGCAAAAGCCGCUCGCACCGCCAGCGCGCAGGCCGCCGCCGCCGCCGCCGCCUCGGCAGCCGCAUCGCCCGGCAUCGCGGGCCGCGCGAGCCGCGUCGCGAGCUGCGCACGUGCAGCUGGGCCCGCCGAGGCGAUGGCGGCGGCGUGCUGUGUGGCGACUCCGACGGGUCCAAGUCGGACUGCCGCCCCAGCGCUGCCUUCGCCGCUGCUCGGCGGCGGCUGCGGCGCCUCGCCCACCGCCACGGCGGAGGCGCUGCGGCGGGAGCUCGAGGGCGAGAGGCGCAAGCUGCUCGCCGCCCUUGACGAGCAGCGCCGCUCCGCGGCGGCCGAGGUGACGGCCGCGAGCCGAAGCAUCCGCGACGCGGACGGCGACGCGGCGGCGGCGGCUCGCGCUGCCGAGGCUGCGCACACGGCGGGCUGCCUGGCGGCAGAGUCGGAGCGGCAGAGGCGGCUGGAGGCGGAGGCGUCGGCGGCCGCGCUCGGCGUGGAGCGCGACGCGGCGAUCCGAGCCGCCGCUGACGCGAGGGGCGAGGCGGCGGCGGCAGCGCAGCGUGCCCACCGGGCAGCGGCGAUGGCGGAGGCGGCGGCGGCGGCGGUGCAGGCGGAGAGGGCGGAGCGGGGCGUGGCGGUGGCGACCCUCGCGGGUGCGGUGGCGGAGGCGGAGGCGGAGGCGGAGGCGCUCGCCGCGGCGGCUGCCGCACGCGCCCGUCGGGAGCGGAGGGAGAGCGAGGCGGCAGGCGCUGCGGUGCGCGGUGUCGAGUUGAACGCGCUGCGAGCCGCGCUGUGCGAUGCCGAGGCGUGUGCUGCGGCCGCGGGCGACGCGGCGCAGCGCGAGCGGCGCAGGGCGGAGGGGGAGGCGCGGGCGGCGGCGGCGACGCGUCGGGCGGCCGCCGAGUCCGCCGCGGAGGCGGGCGAGGAGGCUGCUGCGGCGGCGCUGCAACACCAGGAGGCGGUCGAGGCGUUGAGUUUGCGGAUGGGGCGCGCCGAAGCCGCAGCCGCCGACGCGACGUCCCGUGCGGAGGCUGCCGAGGGCCGGCUCGCGGCGGCGGCGCGGCGCGGCGAGGACGCGGCGGCGGCGGCGGAGGUUGCGGCGAGCGAGGCGGCGGCGUCGUCCGACGCGCGCGCGGCCGCCGUCGCGGCGACGGCUGCCGCAGAGUCUGCGGCGGCCGUCGCCGAGGCGGCCGAGGGGGAGGCGAAUGCGCGCGCCGCGGCGAUGGAGAGGCGGGCCGAGCAGGCGGAGGCCAUCCCUGCCCUCUACGCCCUCGCUCCCCUCUCCCGAAUCACCUCCCUCCCCUCUCGCUUGCCUCUUCUCGCCUCCUCGCCCUCUGCCUCUCGGCCGCUGCCCCUCCCCUGCCCGUUGCCUCUUCGUUCGCUCUCCGGCUCUGACAUACCGCCUCCACUGCUCACCGCACUCCUCGCCAUCGGCGUGCAGGCCGGGCGCGCCGCGGCGACUGCCGACGCGGCUGCGCGCCGCGCGGAGGCGGCGGUUGCCGCUGCAGAGGAAGAGGGGCGGAGGCUGGCUGCCGAGGCGGCUCUGCUGGGGGACGAGUUUUGGGCGGCGGAGGAGGCGGCGCGGCGGGAGGCGCGGGAGGCGCGGGAGGAGGCGCAGGAGGGUGCGCGGCGGUCGGCUGCGGCGGAGGCGGCGGCGGAGGCGUUUGGGAGGGAGGCGGCGGUGCGGGCGAGGGGGGAGGUUGAGGCGGCAGAGGCGGCGCGGCGGGAGGCGGAGGCAGAGGCGGCGGCCGCAGCCCUCGAGACGGCGCACCGGCUGCUGGAGCUCGAGGCGGAUCGAGGACCACUAGCGCACCGGCGGCUGGGCGAGCUGGAGGAGGCGGCGGCGGAGCAGUCGUGGAGGCACAGGCGCGCGCUUGAGGCGGCGGCGCGACUCGCGGCGGCGCAGCGGGAGCGCGGAGCCGCUCGCACCAUCGUCACCGCCUUGCUCCGCCGGCAGCUUCGCCAGCGUGCAGAGGCGGGGGCGCGGGCGCGGGCGGAGGCGAGCGCAGCAGACGCAGCGCGGCGCGUGGCUGCGGCGGCGGCGGCGGCGGCGGCGUCGCGGGGGGCGGCCGAGCGCGCGCGGCGCGAGGCGGCGGCCGAGGCGGCCGAGGCGGUCGUCGCUGCUGCGGCGGAGCGGGAGGUUGCCCAGGCGGCGGCGGAGAGGCGGCUGCUCAUCGAGACGCAGAGGGCCGCCGCCGCUGAGGAGGCGGAGGAGGAGGCGCGGGCGGCGCUGGCGAGCGAGCGCGUCGCGUCGCACGCUGCGACGGCCGAGGCGGCGGCGCGCGUGGGUGAGCCGCAAGCGGCGCUCUCGCCGGGGAACGCGUUCGUGGACCCUUCUCGGAUUUUUCCCGGACUCUGCCCGUCAGGCGAGCUGAAGCGGCGGCUCGAGCGGAGUGAGGCGCUGCGGGGGGAGGGCGAGGCGGCGGCGGCGGCGGCGGCGUGCGCGGCGGCCGAGGCGCUGGCGCGGAGCGCGGCGGAGGAGACUGCGGUGCUGGGGGCGUUGCACGAGUCGGACGAGGCGGCGGCGGCGGCGGAGCGGGCGCGGGCAGACGCAGAGCGCGCUGCGGCUUGCGCAGAGGCGGCGGCCGAGGCGUCUCGGCGCAAGGCGGUGGCGAGGGGCGAGGAGGCGGGUGCGGCGGCGGGCGAGGCGGCCGAGGCGAGGGCGGCGGCCGAGGCGGCGGUCGCGCAGGCGGCGGCCGAGGCGGCGCUCGCCCUCCGCAUGUCUGAGGCGGCGGACGCGGCCGAGGCGCGGCUGGCGGCGGAGAAGGCUGUCAGCGGGCAGAUGCUGCUCGAGGAGAGGGAGGAGACGCGCCGCCGCCUCACUGCCGUGCUGGCUGCGCGCAGCCAGCGGUGGACGGUGCGGCGGGCGGUGCGCCGGUGGUCGGCGCUGCAGCAGGCGACCCCCCACCACACUCUCUGCCGUCGCUCUCUCGCUCGCGGCUUCGACGCGCUGGAGGCGGCGCGGCGGCACGCCACCGCGAGAUCCGCUCGGUCGGCGGCCGCGCACUCGCUCGCCCUUCGCCUCGGCACGAGGCGAGCCGCGGCCGCGAUUGCCACGUGGCGCCGGAGCGGACGCAGGAGCGAGCGCCUCAUCUCGCUCUCGUCUGCCGCGGCGAUGGCGGCGGCCACGAGGCGAGCCGCGGCCGCGAUUGCCACGUGGCGCCGGAGCGGACGCAGGAGCGAGCGCCUCAUUUCGCUCUCGUCUGCCGCGGCGAUGGCGGCGGCCACGAGGCGAGCCGCGGCCGCGAUUGCCACGUGGCGCCGGAGCGGACGCAGGAGCGAGCGCCUCAUCUCGCUCUCGUCUGCCGCGGCGAUGGCGGCGGCACGGCAGUCCUGCGGCUGCGCGCUGCGCCGCUGGCAAGGCGCGUCUCGGGCGGCGCUAGCCCUCUCCGCCGCCGCCGCGUCCCACCCGCUUGCCGGCCAGACCCCGCGCUGGGCACCGGCUGGCCGCUGCAGGCAGGCGGUGGAGGCGUGGGCGGCGUUUGCUGCGCGUCGGCGGUCGCGCUCUCGCCUGGAGCGCGUCGCUGCGCACUCGACUCUCGCUCGCCGCCUGGCGCGCAGCCUCGCCGAGUGGCGCCUCGCCGCCGCACGAGAGGGGUCCCGCACCCGCUCCGCGGCGACGGCGCACUCUGAGAUCAGUCGGCUGGCGCCGCGGCGCGCGCUCCGCGCUCUGUGCGCACACGCGGCUCGCCGAGCAGUUUGCCAGUGGGCUACUCAGCUGGCGGCGGGAUCAGCACUCGCCGCCGCGUACGCCGCAUUGCGCGUGGAGGCGCGUCGGCGCGCCGACAUGAGGCGCGCGCUCGCCGCAUCCGCCGCCGCGGUGCGAUCGCGCGCCGCGGCGUCGGCUUUUCGCCUCUGGCGGAUGCAAGCGUUCUCUGACAGAGAGUCUGGCAAGGCCGCCGCCCUCACCCGGCGCAAGAGCGGAGAGAGGGCGGUCGUCGCCGCCUUUGGCCGCUGGGCGCUCGACGCGCGUUCCGGCGCGUUCGCCAGCCGAACAGCGCGGUCGCGGGUGUUGCCGCGCGCGGCGGCGGAGCUGGAGGCGCGCGAGGCGGCCGAGGCGGACGAGGCGGACGAGGCAGGGGGGCGAGGCGGCGCCGUUAGCGGCGCCGCCGCCGCAGGUCUCGCGGUGGCGGCUGCCGCGCCACCAAGCCCGCCUCAGGGCGCUCUCGUCCGCAUGCCGCCGCAGGUCGGCUGGAGCGGCACUCCGCUCCGCUCGCCGCCGCCCACCACCGCGCCGUUGGGCGGCGUGCUGCGCGAGGCGCUCGACGAGGCCGCGACACCGCCCGUGGUGCUUGCCCCGUGCCGUGAGAGGCUGGAGACGUUGAGUGAUGCGGUGAUUGACUCGGUGGCCUCGGGCGUGGACGUGGUUCGCGCGGCGCUGGCGGAGGGCCUCGAGGUGGCCGAGCUGCGGCGCAGGCUGGAGGAGGAGAGAGCGGAGGCGGCGCGCGCGGCGGAGGAGGCGGCGGAGCAUGCCGCCGGCCUGUCGGCGCGCGCUGCCGCUUCGGAGCGUGCGAACGAGGAGGCGGAGGCGGCGUUGCGGCGGUCGAGCGCGGCGCAGCAAGACGCGGCCGAGUCGCUGCGGCGGACCGAGGCGGACUUGCGGCGGACCGAGGCGGAGUUGCGGCGGACCGAGGCGGAGUUGCGGCGGACCGAGGCGGAGUUGCGGCGGACCGAGGCGGAGGUGCAGGAGAGGGACGCGUCGCUGGGCGCGGCGGAGGCGACGGUCCGCGAGGCCGCCGCGCGUGCGUCCGCGCUUGAGGGCAGCCUCGAGGCGGCCAGGAGGGAUGCGGCGGCGCGAGCUGCGGCGGCGCAGUCGCAGGCGAGCGACGAGGCGCGGCGAGAGGCGGCGGCGAGGGCGGCGGCGAGGGCGGAGGAGGCGGCGAUGGCGGAGGCGGCCCGAGCGGUGGCGCGCGCCGAGGCGACGGCGGCGGCGGCCACAGCGGCGGCGGCGGUGGAGGCGAGGGCCGUGGCGGAGGAGCGUGCGGCGGAGCUGGUGGCGGCGGAGGCGGCGGCGGCGGCGGCGGCGGCCGAGGUGGCGGCGGCGGAGCGAUGCCGCUGCGACGUGCUGAGUGCGUCGUUGCGGCAGGCGGAGCGGGAGGGGGAGACGUUCGGCGUCGCGCUGCAGCGUGCGAGCGGCGCGUUGGUGGAGGGCAAGGCGGCGCUGUUGUCCGCCGAGGCGGCUGCAACGGCGGCUGCAACGGCGGCGGCCGAGGCGGCGGCGGCGACGGCGGCGACGGCGGCGGCGGAGAUUGGCGUGGCGGAGGCGGAGGCGGUGCGCGCGUGGGCGGCGAGGGAGGAGGCGGCUGCCGCGGCUGCAGAGUCGGCCGCUGCGGUGGCGGCGUCGGCGGAGGAGCUGGUGGUCGAGCGGCAGAGGUCGUCGGCGAGGCAGGCAGCGGCGGUCGAGGCGCAAGAAGGGCUGCGGCGGCGGGCGGCGUCGGCGGAGGGCGAGGCGGCGGGCUUACGGCAGGAGCUGCGCGCGCACCACACGGUGGCGGAGCAGCGCGAGGCGGCGGCGCAGCGGUCCGAGGCGGCGGCGGCCGAGGCUGCGGCGGCCGCGCUCGCCCUCGCGUCGCACGAGCGGCAGGCGAAGGAGCGAGAGCGGAAGGUGGCGGAGCUCGAGCGGGCGAGAGCGCAAGCCACGGAGAGGGAGAGGGCGCAGGCGGCGGAGGCGGAGCGGCUGCGUGCGCACUGCUCCACCCUCGAGGCCGCCGCCGCCACAUUACGCCGGCGCUUGCGCGACGAGGCGGCGGAGGCGGAGGCGGCGCUCGCCGCUGUCAGGGCGGAGGGCGAGGCGGCGGCGGCGGCGGCGGUGGCGGCCCCGCGGGACCCUCGCGAGGCGGUGCGCGGCGGCGGGCUGGCGGCGGUGGAGAGGGAGGCGUUCGAGCGGCGGCUGGCCGACGCGCGGGCGGAGGUGGCAGCGCUGCGGGCGGCGCGGGCGGCGUCAGUGUCGGCGUCGGCGUCGCCGGAGCGUCCAGAGCGGCCGGGCGCGGAGGCGGAGGCGGCGGAGCUGCGUCGCGCGCUGCGGCUGAGCGAGGAGCGGCGCGCGGAGGACGCGGCGGCGCUGGACGAGCAGGCGCGUGCCGUUUCGGCUGUGCGGUACGGCCUGCGGCUGCACGCGCAGCUGCAGCGGGAGCGCCGCGCGUCGGCGUCCCCCCCGCAGCCGCACGCGACUCCACCGACGUCGGCCCCCGGCCAGGCGGCGAGGGUUGCGGGACGGGCGCGGGAGGGGGAGGGCGUGCCGCCGCUCAGGCUGCACGUGCCGAUGGCGCCGCUCGACACCGCGACGCACGCGCGGACGCCCGCGCGCACCCAGCGCCGCGAAGGCGCCGCCGCGACCGCGGAGCCGGCGGCGGUCGGCGGGUCGACGGACCGCCCCUCCGCCACGCCUGCGAGGCCCGUCGCCGCGCCCUCCCCGCCCGUGUCGUGGCGCACGCCGCCACCGCCGCCAGCCACGCCGGCCGGGGGCGGCGGCGGCGGCGGCGGCGGCGGCGGCGGCGGUGCGGCGGCGGCGGGAGGAGGAGGCCGCGGCAUGUCCCCUCCGGAGAAGGAGAACCUCUUUGCCGGCGACGACAAGCCGCAGCAGACCCCUCCCUCGCCGCGCCGCCGCGCGCCGCUCAGCGCGCCGCUCGAGGCGGAGGCGCCAAACUCGCCGCAGCCGCGCGCGCCGCCGGCCGACCCGCGCGUCUCCGCCGCCGUGGCGUCCGCCACCAUGCGCGCGGUGUCGGGGCUCGCGCCGGCGCGCGGGGCGGCGGGCCGCGUGCCGACAAACACGACGCCGUUUGUGCGGGUGUGA